UUUGUGUUUGAGCAGCAACAAGAACUGUUGAAGAAAACAACAAAUGAAUUUAAAAAAGUCUCCGACGCUUUUAAAGAAAACAACAAAGAGGCGCAGCAAAUCAAAAGACUGGCGCACCUCGUCAUGGAGUACUUGAACAAUACUGAGCAGAGAGCCAAAGCCCCGCCUCCCCCCGAGCCCUCUCCAGUUGUUGAAGAGCCUGAAGAUUCGAUCGCUGAACAGCCCAGCGAGCAAGCCCCGUCACUCCUGGCGAGCGAGGAAGUCAUCAGGGCAGAAUUCGAAAAGGCAGCUGGCCCCAGUCAAACCCUCGACCGAGACUCAGCAGCAGUUCUAGCACGACGUCUGGGGGCGUCUCCAACUGUGUCGGAGGUGUCGGCGCUGCCGGAGCGGGUGGACUUAAACACCUUUUUAGGGUUUUGCAGCUCGGGGGAGGCGGGAGACUCCGUCGAGGGUUUAGCUUCGGUGUUUUCUCUCUGGGACCCGCAGCAAAAAGGGUUUAUUUCCAAAACCCUUUUAAAACACAUUUUAAUUCACUUCGGAGAAACCCUAACUGCAGCAGAAGCAGAUCUCGCGCUGCAGCAGCUCGCAGGGCCCCAGGAACAAGUCGACUACGUCCAGUUCUGCCAAAAGGCUUCUGGAGCCAGCCAAAAGGCAGCAAGGCAAUUAAGCAAGCUGCUGCUGCUGCGCUUGCUGCAGCUGCUGCUGCUGCAGCUACUGCAGCAGCUGCUGCUGCAGCUGCUGCUGCUGCAGUCCCCGCGGCUCCAACUGCUGCUGCUGCAGUUACUCCUGCUGCAGCUGGUACUGCAGCUGCUCCCGUUGCAGCUGGUGUUGCUGCUGCCCCUGCUUCUGCUGCAUUUGCUGCUGCUGCUGCAGCUGCCUUUGGUGCUGCUGCUGCUGCCCCAGCUGUUACAUUUGCUGCUGCAGCUGCUGUUGGUGGCCGUGCUGCUGUAG